CUCGUAACAGUCCGACACGGUAUCAGUCUUCACUGCUUUGAAUUCGCCACCUCUCACCCCAACUACCCAGACGAGCAGCAACACUGAACACAGUCACCGAGCUCGCGCUCUCCGCCUGAGACAACAAAAGGAAAAAAAAAGAAAAGAAGAACAAGUUCGGUCCAGGUUUUCUGUCGACUCCCGAAACACAUCUGGGGUUCCUGAAUCUGUUUUCCGAGAAGUGAUUGCAAAUUGUUCUUUAGUUUUACAGUCAGUAAAAAAAAAAAAACAAUUUCUCUUUGGUUUCACCCAGAACACAUCCCAAAGGAUAAACUAUAGAAAGAUUGCGCUGAAAGGAGAUAAAAUUUACUUAUAAAAAAAAAGGAGAUAAAAUUUGCAAGUAAUACUUAAGAUGAGCCAAGCCUACCAAGGGAGCAACCCUGAUGGCUCGGCAGAUGUCCCCAUGAAGCGCAAAAGGGGUCGUCCGCGGAAGUAUCCGAGGCUAGAUAAUGGGGAGAAAGCUCAUGUUGCGAAGGAUCAGAGUUCAAACCGUGGGGUGAAUGGUCGUGUCCCUCCUGUGUGUGAAGUUGUGAAUGGAAAUCAGCCCCGUCAGGUUGAUUCAAUUAGUGAUGCAAAUGAUGACAUGGUGGGCCAGGGAGUUUCUGGUGUCAUUGAGGCAGGAUUCGACGCCGGAUAUUUGCUGAGCGUUCGGGUUGGCAACUCCGACACCACUUUGAGGGGUGUUGUCUUUAAGCCUGGACAUUUCAUUCCUGUUUCAGCUGAGAAUGAUGUGGCCCCAGACAUUCGAAUGAUCAGGCGCAAUGAGAUUCCCCUCCCAGCACAAACUUAUACUCAGGUCCAUGGCUACAACCCUCAAUACAGAGAAAGGCAAAAUUUCAAAUCUCCAAGAAAUGGAAAUAAUUCAUUUCAGGUGCCUGGAGUAGCACCUGAGUCUGCUAGCCUUGUGGCCUUCAAAGGCAAACAGGCUUCUUCAGUAGUCCCAAGGGGCAAUGUAGUGCCUCUGGUGCUCAAACCUGCUAGUGGGGUAGCACUUGCAAACCAACCAUCUCCAGUUGCUAUCCAAGGUGCUCCUUUGGUAGCCUCAAAGAGCAAACAGGUUGGAGGUGCUCAAUCAUCAGAUGCUUCAACCCUCAACAACCAAGUACCAACAAUUGGAAACCAAGCACUUACUUCUCCACCUCAAGCCAGCAACCAGGUUACACCAAAAGAUUUGCAAAGUGAAAAUGUUUCGUAUAUUCAACCUCCAGCAGAGGUGCUACCCGAUUUAGAAGGCACAUCAGCAAGAUUGCCUGGCAUGCCUUCGGAGAAUCUAUCGACUGAGGUCAGCAAGAGAACUCAAGCUCCAUCAGAGUCAGCGAAGAGUGAAAUUGAUAGUAGUGGGUCUGCUGGUAAAAUGUCAGUUAAAGUUUCUGGCCAUGGUCAGAAAGAUGAAUUUAAUGAUAUGGAUCAGCCCCUCUUAAUUGAGCCCCUGCAGGCGGUACAGCCUAAUCUUCAGAACCAGCCGGGUCCCUCUUUAAAACCUAUUGAGAAUAAUAUAACUGGCAAAAUGACUGAGCUAUUGCAGGUUUUGCAGGAAACCUCAAUGGAGAACCAGCAGCCAUUAAAAGCUUGUGGACUGAAGUUAGAAGAACCAAGGAGUCCGGAAACUAAUCAUGGAGAUAAAGAUAUUGAUCAUACGAAGAAAUAGUCCGGAAAAUCAAGUGCCUGAUUGAACAGAAUCCACUUUGAACUGGUAUCUUGUAUAUGCAAUUUUCGCAAGUAACUCACAAGAAGUUCCAGAUUGACUGACUGGAAUUAGUCAAUUAUGGAGAAGCAUAUAGGAAAAUUAGACAACUAUGUGGAAGGUUGGGAUCUUAAAAUAGGAAAGGGCUGGCAGAGGAUCCAUAUUUGGUUACGCCUUCGGGAUCCGACCUUGUCACUUUGUGCCUUUUCAGCUUGUAGUUCUUAAGUCUUCUUUGCUCAUAGUGCUUGUAAUUUAGUUACAAUGAAUAGCCUCUUGUUGGGUGCUUGGUACCGCUCGUAUGCAUACAUUACAAUUGAAAAAUUUCCGGUUAUAAUCAAAUAUGGUAUGGCGUUUCAUGG